AUGAAGUUCGCAACCAUCAUCUCAGUCGGUGCCGCCGCCAGCACCGGGAUGGCCGCCCCUUUUCUUGAGAAGCUGGCGACGUUUGGCGGCGCCAAAGCCAAGUGGAUAAUCGGUAACCAGGACGACAAGUACGACGGCGUGUCGCCCUUCUACUUCACAUCGACCUACAGCGUACUGGCCACGCCGGACCAGGUCGUCAACGCGUCCAACGUCGCCACGGGAGGACUCGAGGGCGCCAAGGGCUGGUUCCUAUACGGUAUCAACGCCGACGAGGACGUCAUCUGCUACAACAUCACCACGCAGGGCUUCCGCGGUGAUUAUCAAUCGCCGGCUGUGACGGCGACGCACAUCCACCAGGGUGAGAAGGGCAAGAACGGUCCGCCGAGGAUUGCUUUUCCGAACCCAGAGCCCAUCGGCAAUGGUGAUAUGCGUCGUAGCCUCGGUUGCCUCAAAGGCCCGUUCCGUACCGGUGUCAUGGCUGAUGGGCGGGACACGGGCGAAGGCUUUACCGUGUCCAUGAUCGAGAAGGAUCCUGCUGGCUUCUUUACAGACUCUCACUCAUCGCUUGCUGUAGCGGGUGCGUUCCGGGGACAGCUUGGAUGCCGAGAGCGCCAGUAG